GCAGCGCCAGCAAGUUGUUGUAUGAACGGCACCUUUGCACCAACGUCGCAGUCGACUGGUCGUCGAUCGGCGUUUACUCAAAUAUUGAUUAUUCGAAUGAUUGGCUCCAGGAACGUGGGUAGACAUUUUAAUGAAUUGAAAACCAUGCUACUUUAUUUGUAUGACGUAUCUGGCUGCUAGGCCAUGUGGGGCUAGGCAACAAGCCAUCAUGGACAAAGAGGUGGAUCCGUCGUGUGCCCCGGUAUAUUACACUGCGAGCCAGGGCCCAUGUGGUGGAGGAAGAGCAUCGGCCGCCGAUGGCGGAGGAGGAGACGCUGGUUGCCGGCAGUCGCCGCCUCGGGUGCCCGAAGAAGACUACUCGUCAUUUGACAUUGUCAAGGCUACGCAAUAUGGAAUCUUGGAUAGGUGCCGCCACCUCGUUGAGGUCGAAGGCUACAACGUGAACCAGCCUGAUGCAGAGGAUGUGACCUUGCUUCACUGGGCAGCCAUCAACAAUCGCCGUGAGAUAGUCAGCUUCUACAUUUCUAAAGGAGCCGUAGUUGAUGCCAUAGGUGGGGAACUGCGCUCCACACCAUUGCAUUGGGCCACACGGCAAGGUCACCUGGGCAUGGUGGUGCUGCUCAUGCGACAUGGUGCCGAUGCGUCAUUGGCGGAUGGUGAAGGGUGCAGCUGUAUCCACCUGGCUGCCCAGUCGGGCCACACAGCCAUUGUGGCAUACCUGGUGGCCAAAGGGCAGCCGGUGAACCAAGCCGACAGCAAUGGCAUGACUCCCCUUAUGUGGGCCGCCUACAGGGUGAUGACGAAUGACCCCUGCCGUUUGCUCAUCACUCUGGGCGCCAGCCUGACCAUGUGUGACACCUACCACAGGAACACGCCUUUGCACUGGGCUGUGUACGUGCGCAAUAGCAGUGCGGUCUCCCUGCUCGUCAAGGCCGGCUCCGAGCUCUCGGCCAGGAAUGCCCAGGGUGACACUCCACGCAUGAUGGCCGAAAAGCUCAAGUCCAUUUGGAUAGAAGAGCGCCUCUUGGAAGCAGAAGCCGCUCAAGCUCAAGGACAUAUCCUGGUUCGCAUUGUUCGGGACAAGACUUUAAAGUUCUGGGCCAUGUUCAGCUCACCCUUUGUGGCCUUCUACGCUGUCGGCCUUGUCCUUGAUAGCCAAGAAACGUAUCUGGUCAAGUUUGGCCUUCUUUUUAUCAUGGGCCUAGCCACCAUCUUCCUAUCCAAAUGUUUAUUUGAUGAACGCAGCAUGAACAUUCUCCCAAUGGCGGUGUACUUGGCCACAAAGUUCUGGAUGUAUAUUACCUGGGUGACAGACCUAUGGCCUUAUGUUGGAACCUUUUGGGUCAACAUGGGCUUUGUGGUCUCAUCUGUGCCACUGUUCUACUCUUUCUACAAGUCGUGGCGGGCAGACCCAGGUAUCGUUAGCGCCAACAUGGAGCAGAAGUACAGGACAAUAGUCCAGCUGGCCGAGCAAGAUGGCUUCGAUCCGGCGGUGUUCUGCAGCACCUGCCUCGUGCGUCGACCGCUGCGCUCCAAGCAUUGCUCGGUGUGCAACCACUGUGUGGCUCGCUUCGAUCACCACUGCCCCUGGGUCAACAACUGCGUCGGAGCUGGGAACCACGUCUACUUUGUCAACUAUUUAAUCUUCCUUCUGGCCAUGCUGGGAUGGUCGUGGUACGGUUGCUUCGCAUUCUGGAAGGAGCACACCCUCUGGGCGGCCCUGUCCCAGAGUGGGUGGGUGGCCUGGGUUGCAUUCAACACACUCCUGCACAGCGCCUGGGUCAGCUGCCUGCUGCUCUGCCAGCUAUACCAGAUGGUGUGGCUGGCCAUGACUACCAAUGAACGCAUGAACUGGAACCGCUACCCACACUUCAGGCGGGCCAGUUCAGGACGUGUAAUUAGCCCAUUCAACAUGGGGCCAGUGAAGAACUUGGCUGACUUCUGUGAAUGGCGCUGCCUGGGAGCAAACCCUCGUGAUUGGAGGCACGUCUACCAUGCUAAUGAAGAUCAGGACGAGAAGCAAACACUGCUUCAUUAUGUGUAGUGAACUUUGUUUGUGCAGGAGCAAGAUGGCCUUAGACACCUGUGAUUUCAACCUGUGUGUGUGCUGUGCUUCACCAACAAGCAUUGUAGAGACAGUCCUGCAGCAAGCUACAGCGUUUUUCUUUGUUUAUGUUUCAGCUUUGAAGACAUUUUUCAUGCCAAUGUUGCCAGCUCUCGAAGAAAUAGUGAAACUAUGAUGCCAAGAAAAUUGUAGGAGACAUUAUGUGUGGUUUUUUCAGCAGUAGCGUAACGGAAUCCACCUUUUUCACUAUGCUCUAGUGCAUGUGCCAUUCUCCUAGGAGAAAAGUCUUCAAGUGUGUUCUUGGGGGCUUUGCUUCUGGCAUUACUGGUUGUCUGGGGACACUUUUUUUUUUUUGUGCCAGAGGUCAUCACGGGGCUAGUGAUCUUUGCACGGGGUGGGAAGUGUGGGUGGCUGAUUAAUAAACCUUCUGAUGCUACCUAAACUUGACAGCGCAAGGCCAUCAUUGGGGCAGUACGAAAGUAGG